AUGUCUUCUACUUCAUCUUUACCACAGAAACUCAUGGAUCAAUCUGUGGUGCGUUCUCCAUCAACUUCUAUUUCUCCAUCUCCACUUCCAUCUCUUAAUAUUUCUUCUUCUACAUCUUCUCCCUCUACCAUCACUGUCAACACUUCAUCGUCUUCUUCCACCACCAUACCUAUCAUCACUACAUCAUCUUCUCCCUCCACCUUUCGUAUCCACUCUUCAAAUCCUUCCAUUAAUCCCUCCACUCCCAAUUCUCUACCGUUACCAAUACCUACUGAACCUGUGACUCUUCAGGAUACUGAAUCAUCAUUCUCUGAUAAUGAUACCUUCUCUCUUGCUGACGAUUUGGAGGAUAAAAUUGUUGCUGAUUAUGCCUUUUGUUUGGUUGGUAAAGUUAUUGUUGAUAAACCAUACCGUAAACAAUCAGUUUCGGAGGGUUUGUUACGUGCGUGGAAUGCUGUUAAGGAUGUUCAAGUGCAUCCCCUGGAGGCUGAUCAUUUUGUUUUCAAGUUUGAACAUGAAUUGGAUAUGCAGAAUGUUCUCCUCGAUGGUCCCUGGAGUGUCAAUGGAAACUUAAUUGUUCUGGAAAAAUGGCAAGGCUACUUGAACAAUAGUUUCACUCAUUGUGAUUUCUGGGUACAAUUUCAUGAUGUCCCUGUUGAUCUACGAUCCACUGAAGUUUUGUUGGGUAUUGCACAGAAAUUUGGCACCCCACACUAUUAA